AUGAGCCUCAAUAUUUACGGUACUUACUACAUUUUGGUAAGUAAGUACCGGUGUGGUUUUUGGCGCAUGCGCGUGACGCCCAAACUCUGCCAGUCCCAUACAGGAAGCCAGUCAUCGUUAAACAACAGGAAUGAGAUGCUUCCUAAGCCGAUCACCAUAGUGACAAGCGAGUCCUCCUCCACCUGCUUCGUGCGGCCCGAAGAGUUCAGCUUUGGAUCCAGCCAUGCCGUCACCACUCACACACCUGCUCAGAUCCACACCAGGCCGGGACAGCACCAGCUCUCUCAAAUGACCACCGUGUUGAACCCCCCUGCGCCUCCGCCGCCGCCUCCAGCUCCACCCACUCCUCCUGUGGGGCCCCCGGCCUCGUCCCCACUCUCCCCGCUGUCGCCCACCAUUUCGCUGCUGGAGGAAGGAGAUCUGCGCAUCGUGGACCCUUGCAAGGACCUGUGGGGUUCUCGGGGUUACGAGGAUUACAGACGCGCCGGUGCGACCAGGACUAUGGUUGGGGGCCUGACGGGCGGCGUGGUGGUCGGCGGCGGCGGGAGCCUGCAGGACAAGUCGGAGCUGUGCGUGGUUCGCUUUGAGAAGGAGCUGGCGGGCGUGGGGCCGGCCGGCUGCGAGGUCACCGUGAGUCUGGACAGCAAAGCCUCCCAGCGCCUGUCCUCGUCGUCCCCCACCUGCAUGUCCAUGCCCAACGCCGUGUCCGGAGUGUCCUCAGGUGCCGGCUCGCCACAGGAGCCCGCCAAAGGCUCGCCGUCCCCCUGCUGCAUCCACGCCUCCCGGACUCGUAAGAGAGGCGGGGCCGGCGGCAGCGACCCGGGCGCCAUCUCGCCGGACGACGACAGCCCGUGCCCCCAGGCGUCGUCGUCGUGCUCGUCUCGCUGCGUCUACUGCCGCUCGGUGUUCAGCGCCUCGGAGAACGGGCGGGGCCGCUGCAGGGACGCCCCCGACCCGGCGCUGCACUGCCUCCGCCAGUGGACCUGCGUGUGGUGCGCGGAGAGCCUGCUGUACCACUGCAUGUCGGACUCGGAGGGGGAGUUCUGGGAGCCCUGUUCGUGCGAUGACUCAAUGGGGGGCCACCCACACCCGCUCUGCUGCGCCCGCUGGUUGGCCCUGCUGGCCCUGUCGCUCUUCGUGCCCUGCAUGUGCUGCUACCUGCCUCUGCGCGCCUGCCUGCGAUGCGGGGAGAGGUGCGGCUGCUGCGGGGGGAAGCACAAAGCGGUCCGAUGAGGCCAGGCUGAGGGGCGGGAGGGCUUCCCUGGACCGGGUGAACCCAUCACCCGACGGUGGUUCUCCAAAGCCCCGCAGCUUUCCACUGAUUUCAGCUCUUUCUCUUUUCAGCCGGGAGCCUUCCUCGACGGUCCAGGUGCUCUGCACUCUGACUGGGCUCUCUGGGAGUCAUCUGGAGCCUUCGUAGUGGAUUCACUGGGGCAGCGCACUGCAAAAACUCCAAAUCUUACCAUGUGUGUUUUUUUUCAUCGUGUAUCUACUGCAAAUAUCUUAGUACACUUGCUUGGUUUUUCUACUUAUACUGCUUCAAAAAACAACCCAGGCACUUAAAAAAAAACACCCAACCAUUUUUUGGUGUCUGGAAAACCUACAUUUGACGGGUGUCACCUAGCAACCCCAGCCCAUCGCCUAGCAACGCAACUCCAGCACGAUUGGUGAGCUGUUGGAACGGUUGCUGGAAAAGAGAAAUGUUUUGUUGCUGACGUGCUAUUCAGGAACCACUUGCCACAUUCCUGUUGGUUGUGUAGGAGGCCCUACUUCUGCUUUUCAAAGAUGUUUGUAUGGUCACAUAAUUGCAGCCAUUUUUACCUGCGAUAGUGAAAGUUGAUUUAGUGGGAGUGGCCAGCAGCAGCUUAUUUGGAUUUAAAGUGUCAGAGUCCAUAAAACAACUCAUUCUGACCAGAAAAACUGACCACAGAAAAAUCACUUUAUCUAAGAAUGAUUUUGUGGAAAAAAUAUAAUGAACAUGUUUUAUAAAGUUCAUGUCCUAAAACAUAAAAGUUCAACUUUAAAAUAAGACAAAACUAACUUACAAGUAACAUUUCAGCAUGAUAUUAUGGCUGCAGCUAACAAUUAUUUUAGUAAUCGAUUAUUCUAUCAAUUAAACGGAAUAAAAACACGUUGGCCAAGCCAAAGAGGCUUAUUGUGCUUAUUUAGACAUCGAUGUCAAAACAUUCUUAAAAAUAUAUUCUAUGUGCUUUUAGUAAAGGCAUUCCAGAUUUCAUGAGUGUCAAAUUACUUUAAAAAAAUUAAAGAAUAAUUCAGGAGUUCAAAUCUUAAAAAAUUUAAAAAUUGCCCUUUAAAAUGUUUUUUUAAGCUGCUAAUCUUUUAUAUUUUCUGGCAUCAUUAGCCGCCAGCAGCCACAUUUUUAUAGCGUUAACAGUCUAAUGAUCAGUUUAGGAAACAUUUAUUCUAUCAAUUAAUCAAAUAAUCAUUUAAAAAGAGUUGGUACAUUCAGCAGAUUUUUCAUUUAACCACUUAAACGUAUUUUAUACAAUAUUAGAAAUCCAUAAAAAUGCCAAUAAACAAAUGAUUGCAGGGCUGAUUUGUUCAUUAUUGUUAUUGUCUUAUUAACAGGUUACUAAUUGGAUGGCAAAAACUGCUAAUAAGAAAUUUUACAGCAUUUGAAUCAGUUGAAACUAAAACCUGAGGAGUUCUGAGUAGAACAUGUUUACAGACAGAAGAUUUUCUUUAUCUUCAAUGCAAAAUGUAUAUAUUUUGUUUACAGGUUUGGCUUAAUUACUGCUCUGAUUGUGUUGUUCUUUCAGCAAACAGCAUGUUUUAGAGUGUAUACUCAAGUUAACGAUCAAUUACUAAAUCAGUUAAUGAUUAAUUCAGUAAUCGUUUCAUUACGAUUAAUCCAAUUAUUCAUUCCAGCUCUACAAUGUAUAGGAGCUUCUUUUAAGAGAAUAAAUCCUUAAUAUUGAUGGAAAUGUUCAACUGGCAGAUUUUUACACUUAUAAUAAGGAUAUUUUUCCUGUUAUAAAUUAAAUAAUCUGCCUGUGGAACUUUUUUACUUUUUUAAAAUCAGUAUUAAGGAAUUAUGGCCUUAAAACAGGCUCAUAUAUCUUGCUAAAAAGCUACUUGUGAGAAGGUUUUGUCUUAUUUCAAGCGUACCAAGAUGUUUGCACUAGAAACUAAAAAAUACUUGGUAAGGUUUUGUGUUUUUGCAGUGUGGCUGAUUUAGCCGUCAGCUUGUCAGUGACGUUAGCAAAGAAGGAGGUUUUGCAGAAGCAACAAUGGUGUGUACACUGUUUCAAAUGUCCGUUUGUUUUGGUUUUUUAUUUAGAAAGAAAAUCUUUAAAAAAAACAACAACAAAAGAUGUUUAUAUAUAUGAUUGUUAUAAUUUUAAUUGGUAUAUUUUAUUAAAUGUAAAACACAUCGACGGAAUCCCCAAACACACACACACACACACACACACACACACCACAUUUUCACAGAGCUCCUGGGGAAGUUAUUUGUUUCAUGUUGAACAGACGUCACCCUUUACCUCUAAUUUUACCUCAGAUGUUUCUCAAACGUGGGUUAGAGAUAAAAACAAACGGGGGGUUCAGAACGAGAAAGCACAAACGCGUGCAGUCUUCAUCAAACAUCUGAGACCACGAGCUCCGUCUUCUGGUUGAAGAGUAAAAUGCAAACAGGCAAUUAUUGUUGAGGGACGCCGCAAUGACAACUACAAAGACUUAGUGCGCUGAAUUUUGUUUCAACAGAGCCGGUCCAAAGUUUUCUGGGGCCUUAAAGUGAACUUUUAGGGGGCCCACUUCCUGUCACGCCCACCAGCCACUACUGAUUGUUUCAAUCAGGGCUGUUUCCAGCUUUGGGGUUUUUGCACACAUCCAUUUUUGAUUAGUCUUUAUGUAAUAAUUUUUAACCUUCUAUCAUCCAGAACUGUUGGUUUUCAUUAGCAGUAAGCUCCAAACUCACAGCUUGAAAUUUAUCACUCUGUCAGUGAUUAAUCAAUAUCAGAGUUUAAAUAUUGGAAUAAAUUAACUUUGACUAUGUUCUAAUUAACCAGUACUGUAAUAAAACUAUAGAGAAUUUUAUUUAGAUUUACAACUAGUAAACUCACCAAGUGGUAAAAGGAAAUUGUAGCAGUUAAAUAAUUUAGCAAUUCCUAAAUUAUUAUCAAAUUGAAAAAUGGGAUUUCUAGAUAAAUGUUCAGGAUGUGAAGUGAAGUAGUUUUGUGGGCCCCCAGAUUGUUUUUGUGGUCCUAAGGAGCGACUUAGUUUGUUUAUAUUUUGGGCCGGCUCUGUUUUUUAAGCAGUAAACAUCUCUUUGUCGCUACUUCACCAUUAAGUUUUGAUAAAAAUCAUAAAAACUGUCAUCCCACUCCUAGUGAAUCAGACUAGGUGCUGAAAUAAAUUAGUUUUGUCCUGAUUUCUCCUCUGUGGGGCUAAAAAGUAAAACAACUGACUAAAUGUUUCUAUUCCGCAGCAAUGUUCCAACGUUAUUUGGCUUAAAAAUGACCAAAUAUCUGAUAGCUGCACAUAAAGACUAAUUUAUCCCAAAGUAAUUUUAAAAGUACAUUGGAUUGUCCGUAUUUUGUUUAUCUGAGGUGUUUUCUUCAUUUAAAUUCAUGCAGUUUGUCUCAGUCCCAGCUUCAACUAAAAUGUCAAAGGAUUUCCCAGAGAAUCAGAAGAACUUCAGUGUAAAAAAGUAAGAAUUCAAGUUAUGGAAAUGUUGGACAGUAAAUAAUGAAGUUUAUCUGAUAUGUCGAGGGCCAAAAGUGCCACAAUUCAAUACAAAAGUUGAGAAAUAAAUAUUUAUAUAAGUAAUAAAGUAAAUAAAACUGAAACACAUAUAAUUAAUUAACGUUUAUAUUUUGCAUUUCAUAGUCUUGUGUUGCAGCACAAUGGGAAUUUUUUUUAUCUGUCAUUCUUACGCAUCAAAGACAGUGGGCGGGGCCAACACAGCAAAAUGCAAUCUGAUUGGUCUGCAGUUGAGUUGCUGUGCAAAUUGACCAAUCAGCUUUUAGAAUCUAUUCAUGAAACGUUGCUGUUGAAAUGUAGCACAGGAAAUAUUAAAUAAUUUGAUAGAUACUGAAAUUAUUAUGAUUCAACAUAUAUUAACAGAUUUUAGUCACUUAUUUUUACAUUUAGUUAGUUUAACUAUUUCCAUCUAAUAGUUUUAUUUAAUUGCAUUUUGUUUAUCCAAUUACCACAGAUAUAAGUGUAAUCUUAAUCUCAGAUUAAAGUUCUUAUGAUUUGCACACUUAAUUGUGUAAAUACAUCUGACACAUCUAACUACAUUAUUCUGUAAUUUAUUUAUAACAGUUCUAUUUAAAGUUAUCACAAAAACUUUAAAAGUGAAUAAAAUUUUAAUCAACAUUUCAACUGUUGACGGAAUCAAUGAAUUUGAUUUUAAUAAUCAAAUGCAAUUAGUACAUUUUAUUUUUUAAAUUAUCACAAAUAAAUCUUAGACACUUUUUUUGUCUUAACUAUGAAUGUAUUUUUCUUAGUUUUAAAUUAUAUUUAUAAAAAAAAUAUGAAUACUUGAAUUCAAAUAACUUAAAUUAUUGACACAUUUGAAUAAUUAUGCAUAUUUAUUCAUUUAAUACUUUAUUUUAAUUUUAUUUUAAACAAUAUUUUUAUGUAUUGGAUAGUGGUGGUUUUUUGUCCUCGAUACAUAAAAACUAAUGAGCACCAAAGAAUAAAAGUCCCAAAAGCCUGCAAGGGUCUGUGGAUUUCUGAAAUCCAGGAUUCCCAUAAAAGAAAAGAAAAAACAUAAAAAAAAUUUUUGGCAGGAUGAGACUUCCAGAAGCUUAGAUUUAGAGCUUUUUUUUUCUUCUUCCCCAAAGUGACUUAAAAACAGCGGGGUUCACUCAGGACACGCUCACAACGAACGCAGAAACUAACAUCCGGGUCUCAGUGACCGAUCGUAAACGAACCGUUAGUUUGGCGACCGACAUCAUCUCCAAACAAGCAUCCGGUCUCAGUCGGUCCCCCGAUCAUAAACUAACCGUUCGUAUUGACGCACCAACGACUUCUCCGAUGAAACAUCCAGGUCUCAGACGAUUCUUCCGAUUGUAAGCGAACCGUUAGUUUGAUACUCUAUCCCCAAACCAACAUCCGGGUCUCAGUCGGUCCCCCGAUCGUAAGCGAACCGUUAGUUUGAGGCACCAACAUCUCCAAACAAACAUCCGGUUUCAGUCGGUUACCGAAUCGUAAACGAACUCUUCGUAUUGACGGACCGACGCUUUCCCCAAACAGUCGGUCACCCGAUCGUAAGCGAACAGUUAGUUUGAGGCACCAACAUCAUCUCCAAACAGACAUCCGGUUUCAGUCGGCUACCGAAUCGUAAACGAACCUGACGGACCGACGCCUUCCCCAAACAUCCGGGUCUCAGUGACGCACAAACACCGUCCCCACUAAUCUGCGACCCUGCGCACCACAAACCACACCGUCGAGCCCCCUGACGGUGCAGAUUUAACCGAACCAGUAAAGCCAUUGCACCCAGUUUCUGGUUCAGAAGAGUUCAACUCUGACAGUCAUGCAAUCACAAUGCAGGUCCCAUCCUUACAUCUUAAUAAAUGUGCCUUUUGAUUUGAGUAAUCAAUAACUUUUGAUUUCAAAGUAACUCUGUAUUAAGUACUUUUCCUUGAUUUUUGGGGGUCAUUGAUUUCUGCCAAUGAGCAUAUUUUCACAUGUACGUAUUUAUUAGUUUCAAAGUAAUUAUUGAGAUAUGACCUGUUUAUUUAUUUAUUGAGAUAUUUAUUCUGAUUCUUUAUUUUUUGAGACAGGUUUUUAUCUUCUGUGCUGUCUUACUUCUGACUUUGUGCCAAUGUGCUGCUUUGAGGUGUUACAUAUCGUGGGUUUGUAUCAUUAUUAAACCCUCACUCUAUAUUUUAAA